AUGGAUAAGCCACUUGGCACGUGUGAUUUGUGCGGAAUGGGAGAGUUUUCCUUGGAUGGCGGAUUUUACUACUGCAACGAAUGCGGCACCAAACAGAACACGCGGGCAACGAUGGUUGAUGACUUCAAUGAAACUUCGCCAUGGCAAGGAAAAAUGGUACGCAUUAAGAAGGACAAAACUACGAAUAAAAUCACCAGCUGGGAACAGAUGAACCACAUCCUGUACGGGAUGACGGAACAGCUAGUCGAGUUAGGGGCCCCCAAUGAGCUGAAAGUCACGGUCCUCCAAAUCUGGUGCGCUUACCUGCGAGACGCUGAGGUCGCCUUUUUCAGCAAACGGCGGCGUCUACGGCCAAGGUUAUCGUUGGCAAACCAUCGCUGUGAUUUAAGCCUGAUGUUUAAUCGACCUGUGCCGAAGGGAAGGAUCUCAAAAAGGCCAGAUACUACGACAGAAUUGGCAUCGAAGCGUCGUAAACGUAAACUAAACCAAACAUUGCUCGAGGAAGAACAUAGUACCAAUAUGAGCAGUCAGCAGUCCAUUUUGGACACCACGCUCAGCUCAUUGUCCGCUUCGCUUCAAAGUGGCUCCAGUUCCGUCCAACGGCCGAUCGCUUUCAAGUUUAAUAAGCGCGCCCGUCACAGGUUGCUGAAUGAGCUGCGUAUCGACGAGACACACGUCGAGUGGCACGAGCAGGAAGCACCGAUGGAUGCACCGUGCCAUUCCUUCACGCCUUUGCGCGGCGAACAAAAGGUUAAAAACGGUUUCAAAACAGAUGAUUGGUCUCGAAUUAACCGACAAAGUGUUCUGUUCGCUAUCCUUGCGCUAGCUCUCAACCAAACCGAGAGCGAGAUUCAGAUGAGCGAUCUUGGGCGGUGGAGCGAUGAGGGUCACUUUUACAUGCACGAUCUUAGGCACUACCUUCCGGAAGGGCUGGACCCUGAAUGCUAUUCGGAAACAUUGGUCCGUCUGCAGCAAAUGAAUCCUCGCAUCGGAGAAAACGAAGCAAGGGUUGUGGCGAGCCUAUUAACGCUCGAUCUAGCCAUUACACCCCGCCCGGUCAACUUGGAAGCACUUUGCCGUCGUUAUCUGGGCGAGUUGGAGCUGCCAGCUGAUCUGAUGCCCUACGUAGUAAAGUUAAUCGCACUCGAUCUACCGAACAGGUCCAACGACAAGAUGCAGUGCUUCCCAUCCUACGAGUUGCAAGCAAUGAAGUACAUCCUAUUCGUAAUGAAGCUGCUUUUCGGUUUAGAUGGUGUGAUAGAAAACAAAAUGGAUUCAACGACGAAGAAGUUAAACGAUUUGCUGUUACGUGACAAUGCUCAGGAGCAAAAGCCGCUGUUCGUGUGGGACGAAUGGCAAAGGUACGUUACAAUGCGACGCAUCAUCCUUGAACAGUUGCACUUUCCCACAAACUGCAGACAGGGACAAAAGGUGAUAGGUAAACCGUUCGAUCUGGACCUGUUUGUCGACUUCAUGGGCUCACUUGUAGUGCCGGACGACGGCGACACUUCCGGGUUCCGUGCAAACUUGAGGAGUAAAAGUUUUGGACCGAUAGUAGAGCAAAGGUCGAGGAAUCUAGAUUCGGUCCUAGCAUCAGUGAACGACAAACACUGCAUGGAGCAGACGGAAGAUGCUGACGGCCAAUCACCAAGACACCUCAAGUUUGACGCGAGUUUGCAACCGAAACGGUCCUAUUUGAAGGCAAUACUCUCAAUGGACGCAGAAGAUCUUCCGCCAGUUCACAUCCCGGCGUACAUGAAUACAAGGCACAGCGAGAGGACAGUGGAACCGUUUGUCAAUCCGACAAUCCUAAAGCGACAUCUUCUCCAGAAUCAUAAUGUUCGGUUGGUUACGAAAAAGAUUAAAGUACCAAUUGACCACAUCCGCAUGGAAAAAUACAACACACAUAAAUGGAACAUUAUGAAAUAUAUGUCCAUAAAUCAUCUCACCGAAGCAAUCUUAACCGAUGAAGAGAAAGCCGACGAUUGUGGCACAGACAUUGUGAAUCACUUUCAAAAGCGCACGGAGGCCACUUUCGUGAGCUGCGACGACUUGUUGCAGCGUGUUCUUUGCCGAAACGCUAUCGACGAGCUGGAAAUAAGCCUGCGGAACGCAAUCCAGGAGGACAGUUCCGAGAGUGAUCCAUUCCAUGACAAUCCACCACUGAGGGAACCGCUUACUGAUGAGGACAGGUGCAACAAAACGGUUCACAUUGCGCUACCGAACUAUCACUACUGGACCAGAGACGGCAGUUUUCGCGAAGUUUCAAUGGCUGAUUUUGAGCUGGAGUACUCAAAUGCAUUGCCGGCCAGUUUUCGGUUUCUACUGGAAGAAGCGGCUGACAUUUGGGAUUGCCUGCACCAAAUGCAGGAAUAA